AUGUUGCACAAGUCAAUAGUUUCAAUUAUAAUUUUUGCAUUAAUCAGUUGUUCGGGUAUUCAACCGGGAAAUGCUGCGAGAAUAUUAGCCAUAGAGACGUUUGCUGGCAGAAGUCAUUGGAAUUUUUUGGGCUCUGUGCUUCGGGCAAUGACGAACCAUGGACAUAAUGUUACAGUUUUCACACCAUUCCUUGACGGUAAUCGCGAAAACUAUACAGAAAUAGACACGUCUAGUUUGUUUCCAAUAAAACUUGGUAUGAGCAUAGUGGAAAUGAGAGAAUGCUUUAGCAAUCAGUUUACGCCAAUUUCAUCUAUGAUGGAAUUGAGUAGACUAAGUUGCGAGAUAUUACACAAAAAUGAACAACUAAAUGAUUUUAUUGCAAACAAAUUGCAAUCCGAUUUCGAUGCAAUUAUCUAUGAAGGUGGAUUUGCGUCGGGUUGUUUGUCGUACCUGGCAGGAGAUUCAAAUUUGCCAGUGAUCCACACGAUUCCGAAUCCAAUAAAUAGUUAUACAGAACGUAUCACUUCUGGCGAUACGUUCGUUCAACGGUUAACUAAUACACUUGUUUGGCUGUACUCCAAUAUAGUAGUCACAUUUCAAGAAUACUUACUUCAAUUAUCCGAUCCAAAACCUUAUGACUUAGUAGCCAUAAAACCUCCGUCAUUGGUCUUUAUAAACACUCAUUUCAUUACUGAUAAGGCUAGACCAGUUCAGCCAAACUUCGUGAGUGUCGGUGGCAUUCACUUAAAACCACCCAAAAAAAUACCUAAAGAUAUAUUAGACUUUAUUGAAGACGCACCACAUGGAGUCAUUUUAUUCACAUUUGGUUCAACCACUUCAAUGACUUCACUUCCAAAAAAUAUUCUAACUGCAUUUAAAAAAGCAAUUGCUGAACUUCCUCAGAAAGUUUUACUUAAAUAUGAAGAGGAAAUGGAAGAUAAACCUAAAAAUGUCAUGACAAGAAAAUGGUUACCUCAAAGAGAUAUUCUGGCGCACAAAAAUGUUAAGCUAUUCAUCAGUCAUGGUGGAAUAUCGGGAUUGUAUGAAGCAGUAGACGCUGGAGUUCCAGUCUUAGGAUUUCCAUUAUUCGGUGAUCAGCAUAGAAACAUAGAUAAUUUAGUUGAUGCAGGCAUGGCUAUACGUAUGGAAAUAUUUUCGGUUACUAAAGAUAAUUUUUUGAAAAAUGUAUUGGAUCUUGUAAACAACGAAAAUUACACUAAAAAUGCCAAAAUUACAUCAGAGAUAUUUAAAGACCGACCAAUGUCACCGGAAAAGUCUGUUGUUUACUGGACAGAGUAUGUUAUUCGCCACAAAGGAGCACCACAACUAAAAUCUCAAGCUCUUAAUUUAACGUGGUACCAAUACUUUUUAAUAGAUAUAAUCACUGUAAUUCUUAUGUUUAUUUUCAUUUCUGUACUAAUUGUUUUCAAAUUAUUUAAGUUUAUUCGUACAUUUUACACAAAGAUAUAUUCAUCAUUCUCUAAAGUAAAAUCUGAUUGA